AGGGCGGUGCUUCCGGCCGGCCGAGGUGGGGCCUGAGGCACGCGGGGGGCGGAACCCGUACCUCGGAUUGCGACCGGGACCCCGCCGGCGACCCGGGUCGCGACCUCCACCCAUCCCACCCAUAUGGCCCGGCACGUGUUCCUGACGGGGCCCCCAGGAGUUGGAAAAACAACGUUGAUCCAGAAAGCCAGUGAGCUGUUAAAGUCCUCUGGUGUGCCUGUUGAUGGAUUUUACACAGAAGAAGUCAGACAGGGCGGGAGAAGAAUAGGAUUCGAUGUUGUCACGUUGUCUGGCAUGCGGGGACCUUUAUCUAGAGUUGGGUUGGAGCCUCCGCCUGGAAGACGUGAAUGCCGAGUUGGGCAGUAUGUGGUGGAUCUGGCUGCCUUCGAGCAGUUGGCGCUUCCCGUCUUGAAGAAUGCGGGUUCCAGCAGUGGCCCAGGGCAGAGAGUGUGUGUCAUCGAUGAGAUUGGGAAAAUGGAGCUCUUCAGUCAGCCUUUCAUCCAGGCUGUUCGUCAGACACUGUCCAGCCCAGGGACCACAGUCCUUGGCACAAUCCCAAUCCCCAAAGGAAAACCGCUGGCCCUCGUGGAAGAAAUAAGAAACAGGAACGACGUUAAAGUGUUCAGUGUCACCAAGGAAAACAGAAACCACCUUUUGCCGGAUAUCGUGACGUGCGUGCAGAGCAGCGGGAAGUGAAGAGGAUCUGUGUUGUGCUUGUGUGCACGGCCAGACUAAAUGCACAAAGAGAAUGAAGGAAAACACAUUCCCACUGCCGGGAUGAGUGAAGCUUCCUGCUCGCAUCCCGGGUUCAGGGCUAAGGAGAACAAAUCUGCUGAACUGGCAUCCGGCACCCCCAGUAACCCCUGCCUGGGUGUCAUUGCUUCCAAGACGAAUGCUGUAUAUCUUCUCUGCCUAGGAGCGCAGCUGACCCAUCUCUUGUCUAACUACCUGUCAUCUGUCACUCAGGAAUCCCUAUGGGGAAGGUGACGGGAGUCUUCAGGCAGCUGGAUGAGCGUCAUCAGGCCAGGAGCCCACACCCCACCUGGCCCACCCUGCUGAGCCCCUUACCCGUGUGGCCUGGCUGGCUGCCCUGGCCGAGGGGCCCAUCACGAUGUUGACGCUGCUGGACGACUGAGUGUCACUGGUGUUGCCCCCCUCCGCGGCAGAGAGUCCAGAAAUGACGAGAGCACUCGAGAAGCUCCUCUUGCCAAAGAGGAAGCUCAGGGUGGAGCUGGUGGACGAGCCCAGGCUGGACCUGAUGAGCGCCUCGGCCCGCUCGCGGACACUCAGGUGGCCGGUGGUCGUGACAGGUGGGGGCUGCGAGUGCAGGGACGCGGCCGAGGUGUGUAAGGAGAG